AUGGCGAGCCGGGCGGUGGUGAGAGCCGGGCACAGCCCUCAACGUUUCCUAGUCCGGGCCGCGGUCGCCGCCCCCGCCCGGGCCGCGCUCCCCCUCUCCCGCUCCUACCCCCUCCCAUUUCGCUCCAACUCCUCCUCCACCUCCUUCCCCAGGCCUCUGUUCCUCCUCCUCUUACUUAUCCUGCUCCUGCUGCUCGAGGACGCCGGAGCCCAGCAAGGUGAUGGAUGUGGACAUACUGUACUAGGUCCUGAAAGUGGAACCCUGACGUCUAUAAACUACCCACACACCUACCCUAACAGCACUGUUUGCGAAUGGGAGAUUCGUGUAAAGACGGGAGAGAGAGUGCGCAUCAAAUUUGGUGACUUUGACAUCGAAGAUUCUGAUUCUUGUCACUUUAAUUACUUGAGAAUUUACAAUGGAAUUGGAGUUAGUAGAACCGAAAUAGGCAAAUACUGUGGUCUGGGGUUGCAAAUGAACCAUUCAAUUGAAUCAAAAAGCAAUGAAAUCACAGUGCUGUUCAUGAGUGGAAUUCACGUUUCUGGACGAGGUUUUUUGGCUUCAUACUCAGUUAUAGAAAAGCAAGAUCUAAUUACUUGUUUAGACACUGCAUCCAGUUUUUUGGAACCUGAGUUCAGCAAGUACUGCCCAGCUGGUUGUCUGCUCCCCUUUGCUGAGAUAUCAGGAGCCAUCCCUCAUGGAUAUAGAGAUUCGUCCCCGUUGUGCAUGGCUGGUGUGCAUGCAGGCGUCGUGUCAAACACUUUGGGUGGCCAGAUCAGUGUCGUAAUUAGUAAGGGCAUCCCAUACUAUGAAAGCUCCCUGGCUAACAACGUAACGUCUGUGGUGGGACACUUAUCUACAAGUCUUUUUACAUUUAAGACAAGUGGUUGUUAUGGAACACUGGGCAUGGAAUCUGGCGUGAUCGCUGAUGCUCAAAUAACAGCAUCAUCUGUGUUGGAGUGGACGGACCACACAGGACAAGAGAACAGCUGGAAACCUGAAAAGGCCAGGCUGAAAAAACCUGGACCUCCUUGGGCUGCUUUUGCCACCGAUGAAUACCAGUGGUUGCAAGUAGAUCUGAAUAAGGAAAAGAAGAUCACAGGCAUUGUGACUACUGGCUCCACCAUGGUGGAGCACAAUUACUACGUGUCAGCCUACAAGAUUCUAUACAGUGCUGAUGGGCAGAGGUGGACUGUGUACAGAGAGCCUGGUGUGGACCAGGAUAAGAUAUUUCAAGGAAACAAAGAUUAUCACCAGGAUGUGCGUAAUAACUUUUUGCCACCAAUUAUUGCACGUUUUAUUAGAGUGAAUCCUACCCAAUGGCAGCAGAAAAUUGCCAUGAAAAUGGAACUGCUCGGAUGUCAAUUUAUUCCUAAAGGUCGUCCUCCAAAACUUACUCAACCUCCACCUCCUCGGAGCAGCAAUGACCUCAGAAAUACUACAACUCCUCCAAAAAUAGCCAAAGGUCGUGCCCCCAAAUUUACUCAACCACUACAACCUCGAAGUAGCAAUGAAUUUCCUACACAGACAGAGCAGACAACUGCCACUCCUGAAAUCAAAAAUACUACCGUAACUCCAAAUGUGACCAAAGAUGUAGCCUUGGCCGCGGUCCUUGUCCCUGUGUUGGUCAUGGUGCUCACCACUCUCAUUCUCAUACUAGUGUGUGCUUGGCAUUGGAGAAACAGAAAGAAAAAAACUAAAGGCACCUAUGACUUGCCAUACUGGGACCGGGCAGGUUGGUGGAAAGGAAUGAAGCAGUUUCUUCCUGCCAAAUCAGUGGAGCAUGAGGAAACCCCAGUUCGCUACAGCAGUAGCGAGGUGAACCACUUGAGUCCAAGAGAGGUCACCACCAUGCUGCAGACUGACUCUGCAGAGUACGCACAGCCACUUGUGGGAGGAAUUGUGGGCCCCCUCCAUCAGAGGUCUACCUUUAAACCAGAAGAAGGAAAAGAAGCAGGGUAUGCUGACCUCGAUCCCUACAGCUCCCCAGUGCAAGAAGUUUACCACGCCUAUGCAGAACCACUGCCAGUGACCGGGCCUGAGUACGCAACCCCAAUCGUCAUGGACAUGUCCGGGCACCCCUCAGCUGCAGCUGGCCUGCCCUCAACUUCCACUUUCAAAGCUGCAGGGAACCAACCGCCCACUUCGGUGGGAACAUACAACACUCUCCUCUCCAGGACCGACAGCUGCUCCUCGGCGCAGGCCCAGUAUGAUACCCCGAAAGGUGGGAAGCCGGGCCCCAGCGCCCCGGAUGAACUGGUGUACCAGGUGCCGCAGAGCACGCAGGAGGUGUCAGAAGCAGGGAAGGAGGGUGAAUGUGAUGUUUUUAAAGAAGUCCUUUGAAGGUGAUGCUGCUUUUUACAACGCAUCAUUUUAAAGCACAUGGCCUUUUUUUGUUGUUGUUGUAUUAGUGGUAGAACGUAUUACAUAUCUGUCACGGAUGUGGUCGGGGGAAGUGUGAUGACCGAGGUACAAAAACUACUAAUCUUACCAUCUUGCUUUAAAAGGGUUACUGUGGCAGUUACUGCUUGCCUAUGAAAUUUUAAACAUCUUGUUUGUUACUACUGUAAAACACUAUUUUAUACAGAAAAGGCUCCCUACUAUGCACUUCAAAGAAAUUUAAAAUCACUGAGUAUUUAUUACUGAUGCUGCAGGUACAUUGAUGAACUCGAGAUGGCUCUGUAAGCCUUUUUGGCAAUAACGCAUGGUACUGUUCUUAAAGUGUCUAAUGGCUUGAAAUUCAGCAAUUUGUGAAAAGUGGGUACUAUUGUGAUUUCUUCCUCUUCUAUUCUUGUAUUGCUUUCUGAAUUUAAAAAAUAUAUAUUGAUAUAAUCAUUGUUUUGAUUGCAGCAUUAUAUAUUUAUCCAUCUUUCCUUAGGAAGAGCUGUAGCUGGGAAACUGACCUGUAGUGAGCAGAGUGAUUUUUCACUUUCUGACACUUCAAUGAACUUAAACAUUUCAUAGUACAUGACCUGGUCUCAUCCCUUGCUUGUUCCACCUGGGGCCCUUGGUGGCCUGCCCCAUUCUCAUCUUUAUAAAUGUCUGAGUUUUUUUCAGUGGGUGAUGCUUGCUCUAUCAAUCUCAUUAAUUUAGACCCCCUAGUGUCUUCAUGCGGAAACAGGAACAAUUUUAUAAAUUAAAAAAGCUAUAAAGGAGAUCCUCUGCUCCAGACUUUAUUUGCAAUGGAAUUCUUCCUAGGAGAGUGUGAAAAGUUAAGGACUUUUAAACGUGAACACUGUAAACAAUACCCACUUAAUAUUUCUCAACAUGAAAAGCAAAAUUAUUCCUCAGGAAUCGUAUAA